UUUUUUUUUUUUAUGCUGACAUUAUCACCGCUACUGGAUAUUACCUUACCUAAACCUAUUGUUAUACCUACUCUUCAUUUGACAGGUCUUUAUAGUUGUAUGUUAGGUAUUGAUUAUGUCUUGUUACAUUACCAAGACAAACUUGUCAUUUCAAAACGAACGCUUCGAUUAGGCCUGACUGUCCUUCACGGACUCGUACCACUUGUCGUCGUUUCUCCUUUUCAGCCAAACAACGUUGCCUUUGCAGCUAUUCCAUGGUUCCUUGCUUCGUAUAGCGCAUAUUUUCCAACUAAACAUUUUACAUUAACAGAAUGGAUGAAAGCACUUUAUGGAACCAUCAUAGAUGAUUCACCCUUAACUGAUAAAUCAACCAACACGAAGCUUGGAGUAUGGAAGACUUUAAGAGGCCUAUUCAAAUUGGGGGCUUUAUAUUUUGGAAUUGAACCUUUGUUACCUAAUAAGGCAGAUGAGAUGUUAAGAUAUAGCUGGUUAAGCAAAGAAAGCUUAAUAGGCACAUUUUUGUUUGGAUUAAAGGCCUAUUUGAUAUUGGGUGUUGUGGAUGUGACAACAGGAUUAGCACAGACUAUGACUGGAUGGCGUAUGAUUGAUAUGUUUGAUUCGCCUUUGUUAGCAACAAGCCCGAGAGACUUUUGGAGUCGUAGAUGGAAUAAAACAGUUCGUAAUUUAUUGCAUAGACAAGUAUUUUCAAUGAAAAAAGAAGAUAAGAAAUCAUCCAAGCAAGAAGGAUUCUUUUCAACAAGACAAGGACGAGGAUUGUUAGCUUUUAUUAUCAGCGGCUUAUUUCAUGAACUCAUUAUUAUUAGUGUAUGUCGUAGAUUAACAUUAGAGAAUUUUUGCUUUUUUGGAUUGCAUGGAAUAGUUUGUAUGUUAGAAGUCAAGUAUUUUAACAAUGCGAAGAAACCGAAAGGAUGGAAAAGAGUGACGAGGAUUAUUGGUCAAUUAAGUUUCAUGACACUCACUGGUCGUUUAUUUCUUGCCCCCUUUCUUAGAACACGAUUUACACAUGUUUUACCUUUAACUCAUUUUAAACAGUAGAAUGUAAUUAUAGUCUAUACUUUAUGAUAAAUAUAAACAAAGUGCUUAUAGACUACUCUAUGUUAUC